AUGCAUAUACACAUACACACUCGGCCAACAACAAAAAACAACAAAAAGAAGUGCGUUACAAGAAUUCAACAUUGAAAUCAAGAGUGCUUGUUCCAGUUCCAGUACUAAGUUACCAGUACGAGCAUUUGAAGUUGGUCUGCUAAACUAUAAUCGAUUAGAGUGCGAAAAGAAACACGUUUUUUCGACCACAAUGUAAUUCACAUGGGAAAGUCAACAGAGAGCGAGAGAGCGAAAGACUGAGACAAAGACAGAGAAACACAAGCUGAAUAAAGAGGCGAAACAAGCGAAACAAAACAAACAAAACUAGCACAUGUUUGACGGUGACGGUUGAUUGCAAAUGUAUUCACUAAUACGGCUAUUGGCGUGCAGUUCCACUCAUUAUUCUUGUAACAUACAUUAAUUCAAAUUAUUCGACUGAUUCAAAUUGCCAUGUCGAAUGACCAACCGAAAUAAGUUCAUCGCGUCAAUGUAUUUCGUUUCAGCUCACGCGCAUACAAUAACAAUAACUAUGAAAAACUGCAUGACAACUUAACACACAGCCCACAUUGAAAGUCUAGUUGAAAGUUGUCAAAAGAUUAUCUAAUUCAACUGUAAACAGCUGCGAAUACGUCAAAAGUAAAAUAUUGUUGAAGACGAAAUGAAAAAUGAAAAACAAAAUGUAUACUUUUUGGAUGUAUUUUUGUUCGUUCGUUCGUUCGUUCGUUCAUUCAUCAGCCGAGUAGUAGCAGUAGCAGCAGCAGAUCGUUCACGCACUAACACAAGUGUCGCCCGAGCGCAAAAGCAUCAUGUAACAUGAACGGCCGCACAAAAAUAAAUGAGAAGAGCGACCGCAGGAAAAGCGAAUAAGUGAUAUUGUGCGUACCGAUGAGAGUAAGAAACAAACGAAAAAUGAGAAGAGGAAAGACGAUGUAGUAGUUUUAUUAUUUUUUUUUCUCGUUUAAACCACCGUUUAGACUGUGGCACAUAGCCGAUGUGUACUGUGUGCUGUACAGUGCUGUUGAUGUUUUUGUUGUAGUUGUGCCCAUACGAAUGUAUGUAUAUACAUACAUUUUAUUGUUUUCAUUGCGAAUGAUUUGUUGUGUUCAAAGUUAGUAGUGUUACAGUGACUAUUUACCGCAAUAGUACUUUUCGGGGUUUAUACAUAUAUAUGUCUGUGAUCUAUGUAAAUCUUUGAGCAUUUUGCAUUCAACUUCAUUGAUGUCAAAACGGCGGGUCUCGCUAUUCAAACAUUUGCUCUCUGUGUGUAUUUUAAAUUCAUUUUUUUUUAUGUUUCAUUCUUCGGUCGGUUGUAACUAGAAAACAUUUUUGUAAUUAACUUCAAAGAGAUUGGAUACACGCGCACGAGCAAGAGACACACUCAUGCACAAAAAUUAAAACGGAUAUUAGUGGCAAAAAUUUGAAUGCAAGGAACUGUAGUGAAUUGAAACAGUUUUUCAAAAGAUACGCACACCCAAAGUUGAAGGAAAAAUCGUUGUUGAACAAGAGAUACAUAUAAUUGGCUUGACCCGAUUGAUCAAUAUUAGUUGAUCGGACACGAGUUCGUGCAUUGACUAUAUCGACUGAUUUCUAAGUUUAAGUACGAACAAUCAGAAGAGAAUAAAAAACGGUAUUUUUUUUCGGACUCAGUCGUGUUAUCGUUACAAUCGAAUCGGAUUGUAUUAGUGCGUAUUCUUGAAGUGAGUGAAGCGACUGAUUUCGAAAUAACGUGCGAUAGCACACGAUUGCUCGAUCAAAGUGUAUUCUUAUUCAUCGAAUUUCUCAAAAACACUUGUCGCUUUGGUGCAGAUUGGUGCAGAUAAAGUGUUGUGUUCACACUGUGUAUUGUUAUUCGUUAGAUUCAAUUAAAUUGAAUUAGUUAGACACAAUUAAAUACAAUAAAUAAUUAAUUAAGAUUUAAUUAAGAGUUCAGUGAAAUAUCUCUGACAUUUUGGAUAACGAGUUAGAUUCAGCUGCCAUUCAAUCGACAAAUCACAAUAACAGCGAAACCAUGCAGCCGAAAGCAACAAUUCUUACGCCGACAAUCGCUCAAAUUGAAGAAUUACGAGCGGCAUUUUUUGAACGACUCGAUCGUGACGGAGCUCCAUGUGAAGGCGGCUUUCAUCCGAAAGAUAUUGAGCGAAUUAAAUCCACUGACAUCUGGUUGCAGAGAUUCCUUGAACAACAUGACACCGACAUCAAAGCAUCACUCAGCAUGCUGUGGGAGACAUGCGAAUGGCGAAAAACCUACGGCACAAAUGAGAUUUCAGAGGACAACAUCAAUAUGGAGUAUAUAAAUGAGGGUUUAAUGUUUCCACGUAAUCGUGAUAUCGAUGGCAAAGUAUUACUGGUGCUCAAAUCCAAGUUACACGUUCGAGGGCUUCGAGACACCGACCAACUGAUACGCAAUUUCAUCUACUGGAUAGAAAGAUUGAACAGGGAGGAAAAUUACGGAACGAUAUCGAUAUUUUUUGACUUGGCUGGUACCGGAUUGAAAAACUUGGAUUUGGAUUAUACGAAGCAAAUUGUACAUCUUUUAAAAUUCUAUUACCCAAACAACUUGAAUUACAUCUUUGUGUACGAAUUACCGUGGAUUUUAACCGCCGCUUUUAAUAUAAUAAAAGCAUUAUUACCACCUAAAGCCGUUGCUUCACUACGCUUCGUUACUUCGAAGAAUUUAGGCGAAUACAUUACCGAAGACAACAUGUUGACUUGCUGGGGCGGCAAAGAUGAUUAUCGCUAUAGGUUUGAACCGUCGAAAAUACACGCAAAUGGAUUGAAUAACGACGGCUUAAAUGGUCAAAAGGGGAUAAUCAUGACAAAAGACGAAAAUGAUAACAAUACGGUGGUCGUGAAUCAUGACAAAAAGGUACAUUUUGCGAAAACAAGUUCGGUGAACGAGAUUCCAAUGUCGGAUCAAUCAUUUGGCUACGGUGGCAAAAACAUCGAAAAUACUGGAAGUAAUAUGUUGAAAAUAGCACCUGCCGAAAUCAUCACAUUCGCCAAAGUGGGCAGUGAACUUAUUGGGACCGUUGACAUUUUCAAUGUUGUUAAAUUUCCAAUUACCUAUAAGAUAAAGACAACGUCACCGGAAAAGUUUCGUGUACGACCAAGUACUGGUAUUUUAACACCGGGCAGCAGUACCACCAUCAGCGUUGUUCUACAAUCUGGACCAAAUGUGACAUUAUUAUUGAAUAAGGACAAAUUUUUGGUCAUGUGCAUGGAAAUCAACGAUUUGAAUGCUUCACAGCAAGACAUUGCCGAUAUAUGGAAGAACACACAGAACAAUAGCGGUUCGGUUGAACAACAUCGAUUGAAAUGCAGUAUCGGUUCAAAUGUAAAUCUAAAUGCUAGCAAUAGUGUCGGAGGCGACAUGAAUAAAAGUAGUAACAUGUUCUUAAAUAACGGCGGUGUCAUCGAUGCCGAUCGUCAAUGGGUGCAUUUUUCAAACUCUGUCUCACAAUUGGUGGAAACAACGCGACGACUAGAAACACGCAUCAAAUUCAACCAGAAACUUCAAUGGAUCACCGUGUUCGUGUUCUUAUUGCUGUCUAUAGCCAUUGUGUAUAUACUCAAAAUUGAAAUCAAUAACAACAGCCCCGAACAUUGUAUGAAACCGAUGCGCGGCUACAAGUGACAAAGCUUGUACAUGGCUUGAACAAACCGUAGGAAAGAAAACCAAUGACAUUUUUUUUUCUUCUGGGAGGGUGGGUGCUUUGAAAUGCAAUUUAAGGAGUUGUACAUUUGUUGCUCCUGAACUCGUAGACAUUUAAUUGCUUCAUUCAAACUGUGGUGAAUGCACUUAAACACACACACACACACACACACACACACAUCAAAAUGACAUAUAUUUUUUCUACAAGAGAAUUGAAAUAAUUUAUUCUCGCCGUGAGCCUUUUUUCUAUUCGUUCAGAGACUUUCUCUGUAUUUUUUUUUUCUCAACAUUUUUGCGUAUGUAAAUAUUUGUUUGUAAUCAUCAUUAAAACAUUCUUCAUUUGCUUUGUCUUAGAAAAAAAAUUAUUGCACUUGAUUUUUGUAGCCGAUUUUUUUGUGACAUGGUUUUUGGUCAACAUUUUCGUUGAUUUAUAUAUUAUUUUUCCAUUCUCUUCAAUCGAGCAUUUGGGAGAGAGAACCAUACCGUGUAUUUAUAUUAAAAUUUAGGAGAAAAAAUGUGUGUUUAAUGCCACUAUCUUUAAUUCAAAAAAUUUGGAUGAAUUUGUAAGUAUUUAGUUGUAUAAGACAAGAAGAAAGAAACAAGGAAACAAUAAAAGAAGUUAAUUGUAAAAAAUUAAAAAAAAAACAUGAAAGAAAUAAAUAAAUUUGAAUCAAAUUCACAAAAAGUGAACCAGAUUUUACUAGAACAAA